UUUUACAUAGUAUCCAUCUUUCAUCAUAUUUAGCUCUUUCUAAUUACCGCAUUCAUUUUUUCUCUUACAAAAACUUUCAUUCAUGCCGAUAUAUUCGGGAUCUUCCGAUUCUGAAGACGAAAGAACUUACCAUAACACAACAAAGCUCUUCACUCGUCAAAGAUCAAUUCACUCUAUAUUUGGUGCUGGUAAAGUUGCAGAUAUUUUGUUAUGGAGAGAGCCAAAACUAGCUGCAACAUUGGUGAUAGGAGUGAGCCUCUUAUGGUUCUUAAUGGAAGUAGUUCAAUACAAUUUCAUAACCUUAGUUUGUCAUGCUUCCAUGACCUCCAUGCUUCUUUUCUUCAUUUGGUCCACUGCUUCUGAUUUUCUCAAUUGGGAAAGGCCAAUAAUACCAGAAGUGGUACUAGACGAAUCUUCUUUCACACAUUUAGCAACAAGCUUCCAUGUUAGAUUCAACCAAACCCUCACGAAGCUUCUUGACAUUGCUUGUGGAAGAGAUCCUCCACUCUUUUUUCUCACAACGAUCUCACUUUAUAUCUUAUCCAUCAUCGGGACAUAUUUCAACUUUGUGAAUCUUCUCUUCAUAGGGUUCGUAAGCAUGCAAACGUUGCCGGUUAUGUAUGAGAUGUACGAGGAUGACGUUGAUAGAGUGGCCGGUAAGUUGAUGAGGAAGAUGAGGAGGCUGUACAGGAAACUCGACUCGAGUGUUCUUAGCAAAAUCCCAAGGGGAACUGUCAAGAACAAGAAACUUACUUAAUUGAUUCUUCUUUCCUUUGUUUACUUCAUUAUAGAGAGAUAUUAUCACAUAUUGCUGUAUUUACUAUGUAAUUUCAACCCAACUUAAUAUACAUAUCUUUUACUAUCCA